GGGUGAAUCAUUGUUUGUAUGAACAAUCUAGAGAAAAGAAAUUCCGUUGCCAAAUCUGAAAUCAAACACAUUCUCACCUUAUAAAUUAGUUUAAAGAAUAUUACGAGAUGGCUGAUGAUGAAUUGGACGCUAUAAGGGCCAGAAGAAUGGCAGAACUUCAAGCUGGGGGAGGACAGAAUCAGCCGAGUCCAGAGGAGCAAGCAGAAAGACAAAGACAGAUGAGUGAUAUGAAAAACAGCAUUCUAAGUCAAGUACUGGAUCAGUCUGCUAGAGCUAGAUUAAACACAAUUUCUAUAGCAAAACCUGAAAAAGCAAAGAUGAUAGAAGGCAUGUUAAUGCAGAUGGCUCAAAGUGGACAGAUACAAAAUAAGCUUGGUGAAGAUCAGUUAAAAGGAUUGUUAGAAAAAGUUAGUGAGAGAACAAACAAAAAAACUACAGUAAAGUUUAAAAGAAGGGGAUUAGAUGACUCAGAUGAUGAAUUUUAGGAAGAUUGUGUAAUACCUGCUAUAAUGAAUGUUUCUGGAGGAAGAUGUUUGACAUUCUGUGAUGGUUUUAAGCCAGGGGAUUACAAAAACUAUGAACUGUGAAUGGCUUACAAAUGCCUUGUUAAUAUUUAAUGAGAAGCAUGUAUUUAUUGUCUUUCCAAAGCAAAAUAUAGAACUGAGAAAUUUCAUAGGUAAAAAUUUUAUAGGUAAAAGAAUGGCUUUAUUGAUCUCAUUGUAUUUGGAAGGAAAUGUUUCAUUUAAAAGUACAAAUUGUAAUAUGUAUGACAAGAUUUCUUCAUUUUAGUAUAUCUCCAUUUUAGAAGUAUUUAGUGCACAUUGUGAGGGUUGAAGUAAAUAUAAAUUAUUAACAAGAGCAAAGUAAUGAAACAUUUAAAGAUAUGAAUUUUACUUCGACUUGUUUUGAAAUACAUUUGAAAUUUUAAGUAAAAAGAAAUCCAAGUGUUACCCAGCAUAUGAAUUUAAUGAAUUCCUAAGGAAAUACCAAAAGAGAAAAGAAAUAUUAGGAAGCAGAGGGAAAUGUUAACAGAUGUGGCAUGAUAACAUCCCUUAAACUUUACCAUUCUCAUAGUUUUAAUGCAUUGAAAUAAAAAUGUUAUGAAAAGAAGACAUUAAGACAUAUUUACCAUAAUUUUAAUGCAUAAUAUCUCCCAAGUCUCUAGUAUUUUAUAUGUAUUCUGCUUCAUACAAGUUCAAAUUCUGCAAAUAACAGUGGUGUGUAGUAAGUAUUCCAUUUUUGUCUUGCCUUGACGGAGUCAAAAAGCGAGACGUAGGUAUGCUGUUUCCAGCGUUGGUGGCGGCAGCAUUAACAAUGUAUUAGUUUGUGAUUAGGUCUAGUUUAUGGUGAACCACUUGUGGUAGGUCAUUGAUAUUUGGUAUGCAGUUGUAUUAGUAUUGGCACAUCUCAUUUCCAUGGAGAUUAUUUGGCCCUGCCCCCUCAGUCAUGGUCUAUUGACUUUGAAACUUUUGCUUAGUUUAUACAUGCAUUAGUUUGUGAUAAGGUCAGUUUAUGGGGAACCACUAGAGGAAGGUCAAUGAUAUUUGGUAUGCAGUUGUAUAAGCAUUGGCAUAUCUCAUUUCCAUGGAGAUUAUUUGGCUCCGCCCCCUCAGUCAUGGUCUAUUGACUUUAAAUGUUUUGCUUAGUUAACAUGUAUUAGUUUGUGAUUAGGUCAGUUCAAGGGGAACCAUUAGUGGUAGGCCAAUGUUAAUUGGUAUGCAGUUGUAUAAGAUAAGCACAUCUCUGACAUUUCCAUGGAGAAUAUUUGGCCCAGCCGCCUCAGUCAUGGUCUAUUGACUUUGAAACUUUUGCUUAGUUUACAUGUAUUAGUUUGUGAUUAGAUCAGUUUAAGAUGAACCGCUAAUGUUAAGUCAAUGAUAUAUAGUAUGCAAAGGAGUAGGUUCGAUAACACCCUAAAACGGCCCCUAUUUCUAGCUACAAUUUCAAAUUAGGAUUUAUUGACCAAUAUCACAAUGAAUCAUAGCUAAUACAAUGACUAGAUAGAAAAUAUGUCUUUUUGUUGUAAAUUUACGUCUAUUUAUGAUGUCACAAAUAGCACUCAUUUUUAUUUUCAAUGAAAAUUCAAUGAAAACGGGUAAAUUUCCAAUGAUUUUUCGCACAGGAAACACAGAGCACAUGCGUCUACAAAAAAGCUUUUUUAACAAAAUGUUUGUUAUCACAUUUUACAUAUCUGACUUGAAUAUUUAGUUUAUCGACGUCUGCGCUCUAUGUUUCCUAGGCCUUAAUUUGUUUGAAAUCUGGACGAUUUGGUCAAAUUUCGCAAAAAUCUCUAUUUUUGACCUUUUUGGGAUGUAAAAUUCAACGCUUUAAAACUAAAACUUUGACAAAAAAAGUUCUACUUCAACUUUCUCACAUGUCUUUUUAUCACUUUAAAACAUUUAUUAUCUUGAAACAUUAAACUUAAUAAUCGGGGCCAAAUAUGACCCAUACCGAACUUACUCCUUUAUUGGCAUUUGCAAGUCUCAUUUCCAUGGAGAUUAUAUAGCCCUACCCCCUCAUCAUGGUUCAUUGACUUUGAAACUUUUACAUAGUUAACAAGUUAAUGUUCGUGUUUAGGUUUGUUUAAAGGGAAUACCUUAUUACAAGUCAAUGGUAUUUGGUACGCAGUUGUAUUAGCAUUGGCACAUCUCAUUUCCAUUAAGAUUGUUUAGCCAUGUACCUUCAGUCAUGGUUCAUUGACUUUGAAUAUUUGCAUAACUAGCAUGUUAAAGUAUUGCUAUUUUAAUUUCAACAUUUGCAUUAUCAAAAUUACAAAAAGGCGAGACAUAUCUCUGUGUUAACAGUUUAUCUAUCUAUAAUUACUGACUACCUCAUUGUUUUGAUCAAGUCAUCUAGUUUAGGAAUACUAUAAGACCUACAGUUAUGUGCUAUUGUUAGAAAGAGAUGUUGUUUGCUUCCAGUUUUGCAAUAUUAUAUAAUAUAUUUAUUGCUUGCUCUUUGAAAAGUAUUUGUAUGAUCUUUUUACCAAAUAAAAUUUGAACUAAAUGACAAA